AUGAACCACGCAAGACUUGGAGAAUUCACUGCCGGCUCAGACUGGACAUCAUGGCGUGAACGUCUCGAGUUUCUAUUCGAGGCAAAUGACGUACGGGACGCAGCAAAGAAGCGUGCGUUGCUUUUCACUUGCAUCGGAGAAGAAACCUACAACAAGGUUCGGGAUCUCCUACAUCCGUUAUCGCCAUCACAGGUACCCUAUCAUGAAAUUAUGGACAAAUUAAAUCUCCAUUUCGAGACGGGACCUUCCGAACUGCUAGGCCGAUGGCGUUACCACAAGAGGGAUGAAAGACCCCAGAAAAGCAUUUCAGAAUACGUGGAUGCCUUGAGAGCUCUCGCCAAGGACUGCAACUUUGGCACCUUGUACGCUGGAACAUCGCAGACUGUUGGUACAUCACCGGCUGCAACGCCAUCCACGUCACGCGCAACCGAGCCAGAGGCAUCAACCACAACGACUCCUUCUACUGUCGGAACUCCUGCAACCACGACUCUUCCACUGGAGAUAAUGUUGCGGGAUCGAUUCAUCUGUGGGCUACGUGACGUCCACGUACAGCAGCGAUUACUCUCAGAACGGAGUAUCACUUUUCAAAAAGCUUUUGACAUCGCAAAAGCUAUGGAGUCGACAGUCCAGCAACAGUCAAGCAUGCGUAGUACGGAAGGCAACAAGGUUCUCAACACGACGACAAAGCAACGGAAUUCAAAGACGGGGACCAAACAAACUUCCGGUUGUUACCGUUGUAAUGGAGAUCACAAUGCUCAGAACUGCCGAUUUCGGAAGUCAGUCUGUAAUUUUUGUAAGAAAACUGGACAUAUUGAAAACGCUUGCAUCAGUAAGAAGCGGCAGCAGUCUGGUAAGACUACUGAUCACGAUAACACUCGCCAGUCUCAACAACACCGGCAAACGAACUGCAUUGAGGCUACAGAGACUGAGGCGUGGGCAGACCUUUUCUCACUACACACCUCAAGUCAAGCAACGAAUUGUUACACCAUAGAGGUAACGUUAAACAACCGCCCUUGCGUUUUCGAGGUGGACUCGGGAGCAUCAUUCUCCAUCAUAAGCGAAGAAACAUUUCACCACCUCUGGAAUAAUGACAGGCCUACUUUGCACAGCCCAACUUUUGACCUAAAGACGUGGACGGGUACUCCACUACAGGUACGAGGCAAAGCGAGAGUGCACGUCAAGCUACAGCGCACAGAGGCUGAACUGGAUCUCUACGUCGUAGCUGGUUGCGGCGUAAGCCUUCUUGGACGGGACUGGUUCGAACCUCUGGGAAUUUCAGUGACUGGGAUUAAUACAGUCGCCGCAACAGAGUGUCAAGCCUUGCUGGACGAGUUCAAGGAAGUAUUCCAGGGCAACAUGACUGGACAUGAAGGAAAUCCUAUACAUAUUGACGUAGAGCGGAACACUGCUCCGAAAUUCCUGAAGAGUCGCACCGUGCCGUUAGCAUUAAGACAUGACGUCGACAAAGAGCUUAGCAAGCUUGAGCAUCAAGGAAUCAUCGAACCUGUUUCACCUUCGCUCUGGGCUACGCCUCUUGUAACUGUGCGCAAACAGGACGGCACACUUCGAUUGUGUGGUGAUUACAGAAGUACUGUAAAUGUGGCUGUGGCGAAAGCUGCAUACCCACUACCGACAGUAGACGACAUGCUCAGUAUCGUCCAGGGGGGCAAGAUAUUUUCGAAGCUAGAUCUUCAACAGGCCUACCAGCAGCUUCGGGUGGACAAACCCACGUCAGAGCUGCUUACGUUGAACACACCCAAAGGACUCUUCCGGGUCACUCGCUUACCUUUUGGUGUAUCCGUGGCUCCGAUCAUCUUUCAAAGAUACAUGGACACGCUACUCUCUGGAUUAGAGGGCGUCGGAGCCUACUAG